AUGGGUUCCGACUAUGAGGAACCCACGAGACUGGUUAUUCUGCAGGCAAUUGACAGCCAACAGACAGCCGAAGCGGAGGGCGAUAUUGCUAAACCUCCCGAUGGCGGUUACGGAUGGGUCUGCCUGGCGUGUUGCUUUGCAUCCAAUUGUUUCACAUGGGGCAUUACCUCGAGCUAUGGUGUCUAUCUGUCUUAUUAUCUGAGCGAGCAACUAUUUCCCCAAUCUACUCCUCUGGAUUAUGCCUUCAUUGGCAGUCUCAAUUUCGGGGUUGCAAUGGUAGUUGCUCCACUGGUCACAAGGCUGGCACGUUCCUUUGGUAUCAGGCCUAUAAUGCUAGCAGGAGCCAUCAUGUUCGGAGGAGGAUAUAUAUCGGCAUCUUUUGCCACCCGAAUAUGGCAGCUCUACCUCUCGCAAGGCGCGCUGGUCGGCUUGGGUGUUGGUUUCAUUUAUGUGCCUAGCAUCGCCGUCCUGUCUCAGUGGUUCACCAAGCGAAGGAGUCUUGCUAAUGGCAUCAGCGCCGCAGGCUCAGGAAUCGGUGGCUUGUCGUUUUCAUUUGCUAUUGGUGCAAUGAUCGACCACCUCGGUAUCGGCUGGGCUUUGAGAAUCACCGGGCUCUGCGGGCUUGUUGCCAACCUACUCUCCGCCAGCUUCAUUCGAGACCGCAACCAAAUCAUCCGUCCGAAACAGCAUCCGUUUGACGCAAGUCUUUUACGACGUGCUGACGUGAUUUUGCUUCUACUUUGGGCCUUCUUCAGCACGUUUGGAUAUAUUGCUCUCCUCUACUCGAUGUCCGACUUCGCGCUGUCUAUCGGAUUGUCUAGGCAACAGGCAACCCAGGUGACUGCCUUCUUAAAUAUGGGCACAGCUCUCGGUCGGCCAUUCAUCGGUGUCGCGAGUGACCGUUUUGGGAGGUUCGGAGUCUCCACGACCCUGACUUUGGUCUGUGGCAUUGCUUGUUUUGCCAUCUGGAUCCCAGCAUCAUCCUUCGGAGUCACAGUAUUCUUCGGUAUUCUUAUCGGAGGGAUCUUAGGAGUAUUCUGGAUGACAAUUGCACCGCUUUGCGUCGAGGUUGUAGGGCUCAGACAGCUGCCUUCACUUCUAUCUCUUUCUUGGUUGUCCGUCGUUCUUCCCACAACAUUUUCCGAAGUCAUUGCUUUGUAUAUUCGACGGUCAGAUAGUCCUCGGCCAUAUCUAUACACGCAGUUGUUCUGUGGACUGUGUUACAUCUGCGCAAGCUGCUGUCUCUGGGCCGUUCGCACACUUUGCAAGCGGAGAGAGAUGACUGCUGGUCAAAGGUAG